UGCCUCGAUACUUCCGUGCAGAAAACGAAAAAGCAAUCCAAAUCACAGAAGCAGAUCCAGGACAAUAUGAAACACGAAAGAGGAUCAUAGGAUGGCGCCUUGUUUCUUGCUAAAACGCACCACCGUCGCGGUGAGUUUUCUCUACUCCUGCUUCUUCCACCAAGCAACUGCUAUUUCGUUCUUCACGGAAUCCGAGGAAAGCUUCAGGUCCGCGGUGAAUCUCUACCGGCACACGGAUUCCAAGGGGAAUUUAAAACUUCCGAUAAUCUACCAUCUGGAUGGAAAGAAGUGCGAGGGCCUGGAGUGGGACGACAACACUGAUCCAGGCGGGACGGAGAUCCGCCAGUGCGAGUGGCGGUGUUACGUGAAUCAGCAAUGCGAAGCCUGGCAGAUGUUCAACGUGAGUACGCUGGUUAGAAGUACAGCCAGUGCAGGAACUACAGACUCUUCCACCGGAGCCGUUGGCCGUUGCUACCUCGGUACCCCGACAAAUUUCGCGAAGUGCGAUGGCAUAGGGGAAUGGUUCGACUGCUUUGGAAAGGUGUUCGGAGAUGAGGUGGUAAGGGGAUUGGAGAACAUUAAAACUGGCAACAAGAACCGAGAUGGUACUACAGCAAUAAAACCCAGUUCCUGGGAGGACAUAAUGGACGCAGAGCUAAAUCGAGACAGGGAGAAAAAGGGGAAAGUGAAGAUACAGGAAGACGAUAGCGAAGAUAGCGACGGGGCGGGCGAAGAUACUGCGGGAAGUAAUGAAGACGAGCAGACAGAAGAGCAAGAGCAAAAUUUUCACCACGAAGAGGAUACAACUUCUAGUGGAACAACAGAACAGAGACACGCAGAGCUUUCUCCAAUAAAACCAAGAAGUACCGCAACUGUUAAAAAGAAAAAACCUCGCUCCCGGUUAAAGCAGUCCUGGUAUGAAAGAGCCAGGACGAAGUAUCAAAAGGAAAAGUCCCCCCUCCCCAUACCAAAACUGAAAUCUGUGAUGCGGAAUUUGUGUACACAAAUAGGAUUUGUCUUGCAGUGGAGGACCGCAGGCAGACGCACUGCCUGAAGUAGGGGCGUUUUGGUGAUGUAGGCACCUAGCAUGGCAGGCGUCUGCCCUGUAGCCUUAUCAGCGUGACAAAUCACCUGCAUAGCGCGGUGCUCUCUCUCAAUUUGCCUUCCUGCAAGACAGACAGGAUUUGUGGCCACAAAUCCGCAUCACAAAUUUUCGGACGGAUACGUUUUCUAUAUGGGGCGGGGGGAUUUUUCCUUGCAAUACGAAGUGGAUUGAGCAGAAGCUCUCCACGGCGAGUAAUGAACAGCUAACGGAGUUCACCCACUGCAAGAAAGUCGCUCCGUACUUCAACCGCCAAGUCCUCGGCGCUAGAAUGCGGUGGAUGCAAAAGAUUUACACAACCGACGAGUCUGAUGCGGAGAAUGAUAAGUUCGCUAUGCGGUUCUUCAGCUACCAUGGUGUGAUGGGCGGGAUUUGCUACAACGACGACGGAUCGUUCUGUCACUGGUCCCGGCAGAUUUCCGAGAAGCAGUAUAGGAAGAACCGGUUUCGGUACAGAAUAGGAAAACACGCCGAUGAAGACACGAUCAAUUUCUGUACGGAUACGGAGGAAGCAAGAGAAAAAGUGGAAAAGACCCAGUAUCUCUUCACGUCGAAAAACCAUUUAGCGGAAAAAGCGUUACUCAAACUGCGAGCCGCUAUCCCGAAAAAGUGGAAGACGGGCCGGUUUCUGAACUUCGGGGUGGGGACGUGUAGCACCAAUGAUCCGAUGUAUUUCCUCUUUAAAAACCGGGAAAAUGAGAGAAGAACGGACUUCUACAAGGCGAAAAGGUUGGAAAAAUUAAACAGGAAAGACGGAAGUUUUGAUUCGGAAAAAGCGCUGCAAUGGCAGUCCGAGGACGGAGCAGAGGAUUUGAACGAGCCGCCGCUUUACGGUUUCGGAUUUGAACUGUUCCGUUCCGUCGCAGAGCAGUGCCGGUACCCCAAUACCACCAUAAUCCUCGCGCCGGUCACUCUGGACAACUUACCGACUUUGUUGGCAAAAACGAAAUUUUUCCCAAACUUACUAAUAGAGCGGGAAUCGGAGGCGCAGCUCCGGAAAAAUCCGCCGCUAGACAUGCGGAUUCUGGUGGAAGCUGCGGAAGUGCACGAAUCGCAGGGCGCGAAAAAAAUGGUCGGCUACACAAGGCCGGAAGUUGCGGCGGUGGAGACGAAAUAUAGUUAUGUUUCGUUUUCUAUCCAUGGUGCAAAUUACAUGUCUGGAUCUGGAAGCUUGUCUUGCUGAUACUCGCAUUACAGCCUGGCCGCUUGGACGGCAGAACAGCAUCAGAAGUUUUUCAGGCCUGUUGUAGCGGAUUCAUUCAUAAAACGCAUGACAAACUGGCUUCCACCAUGGGGAAAAUCAAAAUACUUGCCGAUCGUAUUCUGGCAUCACAGAUCUUGUUGUCCUUCAACUCUGACAUCACAAAUCUAGACCCAGACAGAUUUGCAAUGCAUAUUGUCCGAGACGGUCACGAAGAAGAAGCUGAACAUCGACAAUGUGGACGGGAUAUCGAUUGCAAGAGUGUCUUGGUCUGGAAACUUGUAUUGCUGAAGCUUGCAUUGCAGCGUAGCACCUUGUACGGCAUACGAGCAUGAGAAAUCUUUUCAGGUUUAUUUUUGCAGAUUCAUUUGUAAAACGCAUGACAAACGUCGGAGUUUCACAACAUGACAAAGAAGUUGCUCACACGUAUUUUAUGCAUGACAAUUCCUUGCUUUCCUUCAAAUUUCGCAUGACAAAUCCAGUCCCAAACGUAUUUGCAAUGCAUACAGGAGUCCGAAAAUGCUGGAAACCAGGGACGAACUAGAGGAGCUGAUAGAAUCGUACGGCGGUCGGGAAGAGAUGUGGAAGAAGGAAAAGAAACUAGAACAGUUUUUCGAUGACCACAGUGAGAAAGACAUUGAGAAGCUGCAAGCCGAACAAGGGACGACUUCUAACACGAACAACAAAUUGGAAGAAACCUUUCCAAUUCAACACCCCAUUAUCGAGUACGUGAUUCUGGAUUUAGACAGCUACGAGUAUCAGGUUUUAGAAUUCUUGCAAAAAACCCGGCAGACGGUGUUGAUCUACCGGUUGGAGAUAGCGCAGCACUUCCCGCCCCCGUAUAAGUACGCGAUGCUCUAUCACCCAGAGAAGGUGAAACAAUACCGGAAACACAUGAAAUACGCCGAAGACAUGUACUUCUCCCCACUGUACGGAAUGAGUCUGUCCGCAGCAAUAUCGGUGUUGAAGGAGACGCAUUAUCUACUGUACUUGACAGAUAAAACCGACGCGGUGUUCGUACACAAACUCCUAAAACCGUACUUGGAUAAGGCGUUUGGAAUCGAUUUCAAAUUGCCCUUAUCAAAUGCAAAUAUGUCUGGGUCUGGAAAGUUGGAACUUGUGAUGCUAACUUUGGUUUCCAAAAAAAUCUGUAUUGCAUGACCAGCAAGAGGAGUCCUGUUUGCCUUACGCGGGGAGGGCAUUUGUCAUGCUGAAUCGGCAUCAGGAAGCCUGCUAAAAAUCUGUGAUGCUGGGCCAUGCAUUAGAGGCAAUAUAGGCCAUGCAAAACAUGCAUGACAAACCUGGCGCUUUCCAGACCCAGACAGAUUUGCAAUGCAUUGCCCUUAGACGAGUUUCAGUGCUACCGGUCCUCGCAUUUGUGGCACCAGAUGAACCAGCUUUUCGUGCUAUCCUGAGCAAAAACGUCCCCAGAUGGGAAACCUGCAACAGAAAUCGCCAAGUAUGAGAAAUCGCUGGUUAGCAAGGAAAGCCGCAUGAGAAAGCUAUUUUCGCAUCCUGUUAUACAGCAUUACAAAUGCCAACACGCGACUGGAAAUGCUUCGCAUGGAGAUACGCAUUACGAAUGUUUCUGUCAUUGCGCAUUUGCAUGACAACUCUGGCGCGCAGACUUUUUUGCUCAGGAUACGUCCGGAGUUGGGCGUUCAACGAGGAGAUUCACGAGGGCCUGAUGCACAUUCACGAUAACAUCACCUACUAUUCGCCGGUGCCGAUCGAGGAGGGGAAUGUGCCGUUUCUGCUGUGGGUGUGACGGAGGAGGGUGGAGAAUUAACAUGAAGGUGUGUUUGUGAAGACCUUCGUGAUGUUGAACAUAAGUUCAGUACCUGUACGUCAUUCGACAAUAGACAUGAGAGCAGCUGCUGUGGAUCUUCAGUGCGUAUAGCAGAGGUCCAUGGUUCGAUAGGCUUUUUCACCCGCGGCUGCUCGCUCGGGUUGAGAUGUUAUUGAGAUUGAGUACUACACGCAAAUCAAUGGAAUACUUCAUGCUGCAUUUGCACAAUGCUGGGUCGAUUGCAAGAACCGCUGUAAGAAUAAAACGCAUCAUCAAUUCGCACAGCUGUACCAGUGCCGCUUAC